UGUAAGUACUUUAAAACGUUUUAAUCUUCUUUUAAGUGAAAAACCCGUUCAAUUUAAUCAAAAUGGGACCCCCAAAACGUGCAGCUACCAGUAAAUCGGAAGCAAAAGCUUCCAAAAAGCGUAAGAAGGAUGAAGACGUCGAAUACGCGUACGAGGAAGAUGAUACGAACGACGUAGAAGGUGCGGAAGCCGACAUUCCAGGAGCGGCAGCCAGAGAUGCUGAAAAAAACGAUCAGUCUGUCCAAGAGGACGAAUUCGGCGCGAAAGAUUAUCGUUCGCAGAUGAUUUUGAAGCCCGAUAAUGCGUCUCGGCCUUUAUGGGUAGCUCCAAACGGCCAUAUUUUCUUAGAAUCGUUCUCUCCGGUAUACAAACAUGCUCACGAUUUUUUAAUCGCUAUAUCUGAACCAGUUUGUCGCCCCGAAUUCAUACACGAAUAUAAAUUAACGGCAUAUUCUUUGUACGCUGCUGUAAGCGUCGGGCUGCAAACUAAUGAUAUCGUAGAAUAUUUAAAACGGUUGAGUAAAACCAGCGUCCCAGAUGGCAUUAUCGAAUUUAUCAAAUUGUGUACAUUGUCUUACGGUAAAGUUAAGUUGGUGUUGAAGCACAAUAAAUACUUUGUUGAGAGUCCCUUUCCUGAAAUUUUGCAAAAACUGUUGAAAGAUCCUGUUAUUCAAGAAUGUAGAUUGAGAAGAAACGUUGAGAAUGAAUCUGAAGAGUUUAUCAAGCAGGUACAAGACAAAAAAACAGUCCCCACAUUUGGCGCCAAGCCUGGUCCAACAAUUGGUGAACCUUCUACAGCCGAUGCACAGCCAGUACCUGAUGAUAUCAGUAGUUUUUAUGAAAAAAUCGAUGUGGAAGAAGACGAGGAGGAUAAUUCUUUAGAAACAGUAUCUUUCGAAGUCAAUCAAGAAAAGAUAGAGGUGAUACAAAAGAGGUGUAUAGAAUUAGAGUUCCCAUUGCUGGCAGAGUACGAUUUUAGAAACGACUCCGUAAAUCCGGACAUAAACGUAGACCUGCGCCCCUCGGCCGUGCUGAGACCCUAUCAAGAAAAAAGUCUCAGAAAAAUGUUCGGAAACGGUAGAGCCAGAUCGGGUGUUAUAGUACUGCCUUGCGGCGCCGGAAAAUCUCUAGUAGGAGUUACGGCUUGUUGUACCGUUCGCAAGAGGGCGUUGGUUUUAUGCAACUCCGGCGUGUCCGUCGAACAAUGGAAGCAGCAAUUCAAAAUGUGGUCGACUGCCGAUGACAGCAUGAUCUGUCGGUUUACUUCCGAAGCCAAAGAUAAACCCAUGGGCUGCAGUGUAUUAGUAACAACCUACUCCAUGAUAACGCACACCCAACGUAGAUCUUGGGAAGCUGAACAAACAAUGAAAUGGUUGCAAGAACAGGAAUGGGGCAUCAUGAUUUUGGACGAGGUGCAUACCAUCCCGGCGAAAAUGUUUAGAAGAGUGUUGACGCUUGUUCAGUCACAUUGUAAAUUAGGACUUACGGCUACGCUGCUUAGAGAAGACGACAAAAUAGCCGAUCUGAAUUUUUUGAUUGGUCCCAAAUUGUAUGAGGCCAAUUGGUUGGAGCUACAAAAAAGAGGUUACAUAGCGAAAGUCCAAUGCGCCGAAGUAUGGUGUCCAAUGACACCGGAAUUCUACAGGGAAUACCUGGUGUGCAAAACGAGCAAACGUUUACUAUUAUACGUAAUGAAUCCCAAUAAAUUCAGAGCCACUCAAUACCUGAUUCGCUAUCACGAAAGACGAGGCGACAAAACCAUCGUUUUCUCGGAUAACGUUUUCGCUCUAAAACAUUACGCUAUCAAAAUGAACAAACCCUACAUUUAUGGUCCCACUUCGCAAGGCGAGCGGAUACAGAUUUUGCAGAAUUUCAAAUUCAAUCCGAAAGUAAACACUAUUUUUGUUAGUAAGGUAGCCGAUACUUCAUUUGAUUUACCGGAAGCCAACGUACUGAUUCAAAUAUCGUCGCAUGGUGGUUCUCGUAGACAGGAAGCGCAAAGAUUGGGACGUAUUCUCAGAGCUAAAAAGGGGGCCGUGGCCGAGGAGUACAACGCCUUUUUCUACACGUUAGUUUCGCAGGAUACAAUGGAAAUGAACUAUUCUAGAAAGAGGCAGAGGUUUUUGGUUAAUCAAGGUUACAGUUACAAGGUUAUUACUAAAUUGGCUGGUAUGGAUGAAGAACCCGAUUUGUUUUAUAAAAAUAGAGAUGAGCAGGGGCAGUUGCUGCAGCAGGUACUGGCAGCUAGUGAUAUAGAUUGCGAGGACGAAAGGGUUCCUGGCGAAGGUGGCCCCAGAUCCGGAAUGAUCAGAAAGGCCGGAAAUAUGGGUUCGAUGUCGGGAGCUGAUGAUGCUGUUUACUACGAAUACAGAAAACACGGCACCCUGACGAAUAAGCAUCCUCUAUUCAAGAGGUUUAGAUAUUAAGUUGAAUUAUGUAAAAAUAAAGUUUUAUCAAAUAUACUUUUGAACGAACCGUUUUUUUUUCUCGUUCAUUUUGAACCACAAGUUAACUACUAGCGCUCCUGCAAUCUAGUGAAUUUUUUACCACGUUGCCGUUGUUUCAGCGCCAAACCGAACCAGCCGGACGAAUGGACGAUAGUAGAGCUACAGGGCGAUCUGAAAUCGUAUUCCGAAUCGAACUUCGAAGGGCAGUUUAUAGGCGAUUUACAUUUUACUAAAACCGGGAUACCAUUGCUGAUUAUCGGACACCAUCUUAUCUACGGAAAGGAGGCGAAAAUCGAGAAACCGUUCGCUCUGAUCGAGAAGCAGAACGUCGAGGGUCGGAUAGAGUACGAAGUCAAAUCGAUCGUUAGGAAUAAAAUCAUUUUCAAAACGAGGCCGAAGCCUAUAGUCGGGAAUUUGGAUGAAAAACAUUGAGGGCGGUGUUGUUUGAUUUAUUUAUCAUUUAAAUUUAUUUUAAUAAAAGCUUUUU